GCGCCCUGCCCAGCCUAGCGGCGGACGACGACGACGACCGGGGCCAGGGCGACCAUGGCGGAGCCGCGACGGGUCCCCUUCGUCAGCCUGUCCCCCGUGAGGCGGCGCGACGGAGACCCGCCGGGCCUGGACGCGCCUCAGCCCCCUCCAGCACCACCACCACCACCGUGACCACCGUGACCACCACCACCACCACCACCAUCACCACCAUCACCCCAGCCGCCGCCGCCGCCCCCCUCUUUGCCCUCGCCCCCGCGGGAGGAGGCGGCCCGACCCGACCCUCCUCAGCCUCCUCAGCCCCAGCCUCCCCCUCCUCAGCCUCCUCCUCCUCCUCAGCCUCCUCGGGACACGGUUCGCCUGGAGCUGGCCCUCAAAGACCCCACCGACGACAGCUGCGUGGAGUUCAGCUACCCGGACCUGCUCCUCUCCGGACAACAACGGAAGAAGCCCAGCCACCCAGAAGAUCCUUUUAAUGAUGAGCAGCGAGAGAAGCACGAAGUGGAAAUGCUGGCAAAGAAGUUUGAAGUGAAAUACGGAGGCAAACCGCGCAAGCACCGGAAAGAUCGCCUGCAGGACCUGAUCGACAUAGGCUUUGGCUACGAUGAGACGGAUCCGUUCAUCGAUAACUCCGAGGCGUACGACGAACUGGUUCCCGCCUCCCUGACGACCAAAUACGGAGGAUUUUACAUCAACACCGGCACGUUGCAGUUCCGCCAGGCGUCGGAAUCGGAGGACGAAGACUUCGUCGAGAUGAAAAAGCACAGGCCGCCUAAAGUUUCCAAAAUAAAAGAAGGAGAGGAUUUCAGCCUGAAGAAGAGGAAGCGGAAAGAGGAAGGAGAAAAGGAGAAGAAGGCUCAGAAGAUGAAAGUUCCCAAACAGCUGGGAGUUCUAGCCCUCAACUCGCACAAGUCGGAAAAGAAGAAGAAGAAACUCUAUAAAGAUUCUUUCUCUCUGGCCGCCAUGAUCCGAAAAUUUCAUAAAGAGAAAGAAGCGUUACGGAAGAGAGACUCUGCCCCGAAAGAGGCCGUGACUGUGGUGCCCUCCGCCCUGAGUAAAUCUCCCUCCGUCGCGGCCACCUCCGCCACCCCCCUGGGCCACGACGCCUCCGAGUUAAACCUCACGAGCCCCGACCCCGUCCUCUCCAUUUUCGGGAGCACAAACGAGCACGAACUCCUGCAGGAAGCCGAGUCUGCCCUGGAGAUGCUGGGAGACCUCGACUUCGACCGGCUACUGGAUGCCACCUCGAAUGGCAGCCCCGUGUCUGAGUCCGGGGGCGAGAACGGCAGCGCGGCCCAGCCCCCUCCCACCGCUCAGGUCCCGAUGCCCAAGCUGGUCCCCAGCCUCCCGGAAGGCCUGCCCGUUCUCCUCGAGAAACGCAUCGAGGACCUCCGCGCGGAUGAUCGUUUAAGGGAACCCCUGCAAAAGCUGAAAGUGGCUGUGAGCAACGUCAUGCCUGAGCAGCUGUUCAAAUAUCAAGAGGAUUGUCAGGCCCGCAGUCAAGCCAAGAAUGCCAAGCAGCAGGCAGAUGAGGAACGAGAGAAAAACGGUUCCGAAGAGGAUGACGACGAGAAGCCGGGGAAACGGGUCACCGGGCCUAGAAAGAAAUUCCACUGGGACGACACCAUCAGGACUUUGCUGUGUAACCUCGUCAAAAUCAAACUGGGAUGCUAUGAGCUAGAGCCAAAUAAAAGCCAGUCUGCGGAGGAUUAUCUCAAGACGUUUAUGGAGACGGAGGUGAAGCCACUGUGGCCCAAAGGCUGGAUGCAGUCUAGAAUGCUCUUUAAGGAAAGCCGGAGUGUUCACAAUCAUCUCACUUCUGCCCCGGCGAAGAAAAAGGUGAUUCUGGCACCGAAACCCAAAGUGAAGGACUGCAGUCCCAAGAAGGAGCAGAAAACGCCCGCGCCGUCUUCAGCGGGGUCUGCCUGCGGUCCCGCGGCGGGCUCCGUGCCGUCGGCCGCGGCCCCGACCGGUUCUGGCUGCGCGACCCCGGCCCAGGAGACGAUCUGCCUGGAUGACUCACUAGACGACGACCUCUCCUUCCACCCCCCGUCGCUGGAUUCGAUCUCGGAGGCCCUGGCCGUGAUCAACAACGGCGCCAAGGGGCCCCCCGUCGGCUCGGGAAUGAGCGCGCUGACGCCGAGACCUCGCCCCGGGCUGAGGGAAGAAAAACUAGCCAGCAUCAUGAGUAAACUGCCGCUUUCGGCCCCGAAGAAGAUGGAGUCCGCCCAGGCGGCCCACUCGUCGAGUCUCAUCGCUGGCCACACGGGACCAGUACCAAAGAAACCCCAGGACUUAAUUCACACCGGCAUCUCUUCAGGCCUUAUCGCCGGCUCUUCGAUUCAGAACCCGAAAGUUUCCCUAGAACCCUUGCCAGCCAGGCUCCUUCAGCAAGGACUGCAGAGGUCCAGCCAGAUCCAAGCAGCCGUCUCCUCCUCCCAGACUCACGCCUCUCCCUCCUCCUCCUCUCCCUCGUCCUCUUCCUCCUCCUCCCAGGCCCAAGGGGCGGCCUCCUCUCACGCCCCGCCGUCGUCGUCGGAGGCCCGCGAGGCCUCCCCCGGACCGCAGGGGACGAAGGCGCCCCAGCCUCCGCCCGCCCCGCAGAACUACGUGUCUCCCCUCCAAGCGACCAUGAGCAAAUCGCAGACCAACCCCGUGGUGAAACUGAGCAGCAGCCCCCAACUCUCGUGUCCCGCCCCACUCCUCAAGGCUUCAGACAAGCCUCUCGUCUACCGCCUUCCUCUGUCCAUGCCCUCCUCGGGAAGCGGCUCUCAGGGGCCGCAUCCUCUGGUCUCCAGGACAGCCUCCAGCGCCUCUACCUCUAGUAACUAUUUAGCUAAGGCCAUGGUGUCCCAAGUUUCCACCCAGGGUUUUAAGCCUCCCUUCUCUCUGGCCGCCUCCCCCAAGCCCGCCGCCUCCCCCAAGCCCGCCGCCUCCCUCAAGCCCGUGGCCUCCCCCAAGCCCCCGGCGCCCCCGAAGCCCUCCGCGUCACCUAAGCCCUCCCCCGCGCCCCCCAAGCCCUCCCCCAAGCCCUCUCUGGCCACUAAACCUCCCCUGCCCACGAAACUGAGCCUGUCGAAGUCCGCGGUGCCCCCCAAGCCCAUGGCCUCCCCCAGUUCUUCCACUUCUAGUGCACUAGUAGCCCAGAGUAGCCACUCCAGCAGCAGCACCCCCCAAGCCCACAAACAGCCGAGCGGAGGCCACAUCAGCAGACAGUCCCCCACUUUGAACGUCCUGCCCUCGAGUCGCCCCUCAGGCCUUCAGCCCGCCAAGAAUCUCCAGGCCUCUUCCAAGAUGGCCAGCCCCUCUUCCACUGGAACUGCCGGAAAGAAUAGCCUGAGCGGCGUCGGAAUGAAUGUACCCACCAGCCGAGGCGGCAACCCUAGCUCCAGCGCGACUAAUAGGACUAGUCUCUCUGGGGGAGCAGGAAGUGGAACACAGGGUGCUACUAAACAGUUAUCUACUCCGCACAGACCAUCCUCUGCCUCAGGGUCUUCAGUGGUAGCGGCCAGCGUGCAGUCCACAGCAGGAGCAUCACUAUUGGCUAAUGCCUCACCUCUGACUCUCAUGACAUCACCCUUAUCCAUAACGAAUCAAAAUGUGGCUCCAUUUGGGAUGCUGGGUGGCCUUGUUCCUGUGACCAUGCCCUUCCAGUUUCCUUUGGAGUUGCUUGGCUUCGGGACGGACACAGCUGGAGUGACUACCACUGCGGGAUCUACCUCAGCAGCUUUCCACCACAGCCUAACUCAGAAUUUGCUAAAGGGUUUACAGCCAGGAGCUCAGCACGCAGCAGCGACGCUUUCUCACUCACCUCUGCCGACUCACUUACAGCAAGCUUACAAUGAUGGAGGCCAAAGUAAAGGGGACACUAAGUUACAGCGGAAAUCCCAGUGACUUCCCAGCAAGCCAAGGAGUUGGAAGUUUUGAUGGGCUGGUGGAUCUACCUGAUGGGAAAGUGCUUAAGUGGUCAUAGGGCUGCUGUUUCUGUCAAUGUUUACAUUCUCUGUCCCAAGCACUGUGGUGAGGAGGAGGAGGAGGCCGCGGAGGAGGAAAAGAAAACAAUACUUGAUCAAAGCCAGGUGCAGGAGGAGGAAAAGCUUUGGUGUAGACUUAGUGGCCAUUUGGCCUCUGCUAAAGACACACAAAGCCAUUCCCUUCUCCCUUCCCUUCCCCCGCCA